AUGCUUCAGGAUCACAGAGUGUCCGUCAUGAUACCAGCAACUCACACUAUGUCAAAAGCAUCAACACCACCUGCCAGCCACUACAAGUACUCCCAUUCUGCUGAUGUCAGCCACGAGAAUGGCUCAAUUAGUGCAUCCACAAAUACCCUCACUCAUCUAGAGUGCAUUUACUCCACUACUGGUGCUGAUACACCCGCUGGAAACGCUCUUUCCAACUAUUCAGCCAAGUUGCAGCCAUUGUCUAUCCAUCAAACGGCCCAGCAUUUACGCAAGCGCAUUCAAUUUGCCGCUCUCAAAGUGACAUAUGGCUGGGAGAACUUGUCAUUGUCCAAGAUUCGUCGUAUUUUGGAGCAGGCUGAGAUUGAAGCUCGCUUGAAUUACGGGACUGUGGCUGCAGCUACAGAUCUGGUCUUGACAAAUGACUGGAUUUCUACAAACCCAAAGGUUCCUUUUAUGGCUCAAGCCACUACUGAUCCAGCCAAUAGUAUGCGUGCCAUGCCUAGCAAUGAUGCUGUUUCAUCUCUUUAUUCAAAUGUGGCUGCUUCCACUAAAAAACAUGAUCAUGAACCCGUUGCAUCUUUCUUUUUUGGUGAUACCUUUUCAAAACCAUUGCUUUCUGUGCCAGAGGAGCUUUUGACUGCAGCGGAUAUCCAAGCAAAGAUGACAUAUAGCACCAACACUGCAGACACGUGUAUGAGUGUAGCGUCAAACUCUAUUACCACAACCCAGUCCAAAAAUUCUAAACGAGGACUCGGCAAUAACUUACAAGAUACAGAGUCUCGAAUGCGUGUACGUAAAUCGCCGAUUUCUCCAACAUUGUCUGGGAUAUCUCCAAUACUCCAGCAACAGACAGGGCAAUCGCCUUUAUACCAGCCCAUUCAGACUCGAUUUGUUCGCGAUAUUCGUAAUCUCAGCCUUGCCAGUUUGCAACAAUUGCGAUCGGUCGUAAGUUCUUUUGAGCCUGGCCCACUUAGCGCUGUUUCGUAUGAUGCUUUUCCUACUACCAGUCAUGCAUUCAACUUUCAGCUUCCAGUUUCACAGCCAUCACCACAAUUGAUUGCACCGAAUGCAGAUUCUCCUCGAUCCUUUUAUGAUACCAAUACCACUGAUUGUUAUUCUGCCUGUACUACAUCUACUCCCAAUUUUCAAUCUGAAAUGGGUGUUUUGAUUGAUUCCCAUGGCAUAAGCGGCUCUCGAUAUGGCGGCACACCUAUUUCAGUACCCAUCACUACAUCUGCAGAUGAGCUAGAAACUGGAUCCUCACAAUCACAGACAUUAUCGACACGCAGCUUUCCUUGUACUACCGACUCAUUAAAACUUAAAGCUUCUGUUUCAGAACUGCAAGCUGUGUAUUCUAGCUCUGAUUCCCAUCACGAUGCAUUUACUAAGAACUCUCAAACUAGAGGAACUAUGCCAUUACCACUGUUGUUUCAACAUCAACAAAGCCAUGAUAACCAACUGCAGAGAAUGCUUGAAAUUCCCUUUGCACAACCUCAAUCUCAUAUGGUUUCAAACAAACCUUUUUUCGUCCCACCAAAAAAGUUUACUAGUCAUAUACAGGAUCACAGCUCAACACUGUCUCAAUACCAGCAGCAAAAUUCCCAGCAACUGCUGCAACAAAUGCAGCAGCAGAUGAAUAUGACUAUUUCACCCAUGGAAGCCAAUUUGAGAUACCAACGCUCCUUUUCUAUGCCAAACCUCGUCCGUGAAGCAAUGAAUGUACCUCAUACGACAUUCUCUAUUACUGACAAUGUGGGUGCUGGUUUGCAUUCAACGGAUCAUUUUUCCACCAUGAGACAUACUUUACCGGAUACCUUUGAGGUGGACGCAGGUAGCAAUGAUGUUACUUGCCAAUCCUAUCCUCUUAAAAUGCAGCUUCAAACAUCUAAUACAGAUCUACAAGCGUCAUCGUUAAUUUCAAUGCAUGCCAAUCCAUGGACUCAUGGAAAUGUCAACAUGAUACCCUCAGCAGUUUUAUCAGUGCCUGCUUGUAAUAUAUAUGGUGGAAUGAUUGGUACACCACUGCAAGAUCUUCAUACAUCAGUUUUAUCUCAACAGCAGUUUCAGCAGCAAUGGCCUCAAGCAUCAUUAUGCUCAGGCGCGUCUUUACAUUCGCUGUCUCAGCAACACUGUGUCGGAUCUACACAGCCGUCAAUUCAAUCAUGCCCUAUACAGUAUGAUUCUACUUCUUCGAUAAGCAACAAUGAUGGAUCAGCUUCUUGUGGCUGGACUAUUGACGGAGACUCUAGAUUUAUUGCAAGCUCGCUGCCUUUUUCAAAUGUACUUUAUUCCCAUCCACAUUCGAUGCAAUUAUCUCAAACACAUCCUUGCGUAGUUAGUCGAGAUCGGAUAAACACACUUUCUGGUGUUGGCUCAAUGGAUACAUGGUUUGAUAUGAGUGGAGGUGAAGGUGCAAGCAAAGAGGGAAACGGGCAUAACUAGUGGAUGCAUGUGGAUCUCGUGAUUGUCGACUACUAUUGUAUCGGGUAGCUCGACUCAGUCAGUGUUGUCAAUGGUGAGCUGAGAAUGUUUUGUAGUUUAUAGAUUUCAAUUUGGGCAAAUUCAAGUGAUUGUUUUUAAAGCAUCACUUGUAAUGUGUUCAAUCAUAUAGUUUUGGUUUUCAAUCGUCACUGCAAUCGCUACUGUCUACUUUAAGAUACCCAUUCAUUUAUAUCACUUUUGGUAUAUUUUUGCAUUUUUGAUUCAUCAAUUACAUUACAGCUAACGACAAUGGAGAUGAGAGUGGAGAAAAAGUAAAAUGAAAAUUGUCAUUAGCC